GUGGUGUUGAUAAAAGUAAAUUUAUUGGUGAAAUUACAUUCAAUCCUGUGAUUAACACAGUUGGAUUUUGGCAAAUAAACCUUGAUAGUGCAAUCUUUAAUGGCAAUCUGUCCUUUUCCGGAAAGACUGCAAUCAUUGACACUGGUACUACAACUCUUUUCAUGCCUUCAGAUGACGCUGCAGCAAUUAAUAACCAAAUUCCGGGAUCCGUAUUUGAUAAAGAAAAUAAAGUCUACAUAGUCCCAUGUGAUAGCACUUCCACACUUUAUCUUAGAUUCGGAGGUGUUGAUUAUACAAUUCCAUCUGAUGAUUUAAUUUUUGAACAAUCUUCUAGCAUUUGCAUAUCAGCUAUCAUUCCCAAUGAUCUUGAUAGCUUUCCUAAUAAUCUCUGGAUCGUCGGUCAACCAUUCUUAAAGAAUGUAUAUUCAGUAUAUGAUGUAAAAAACAGACAAGUUGGAUUUGCGCAUA